AUGAGCAAGAUCGUUUUCUACACCAACCCGGUCUCCAACAACUCCCUCCGUGCUCGCCUUGCGCUCGACACGGCCAAGGCGGAGUACACCACCCAAGAGAUUAACCUCAUGGCCAUGCCUGACUGGUACCGCACCGUCAACCCGCUCGGCCAGAUCCCUGCGCUCAGCUACGGCGCCACCACCGACCCCAGUACCGGUGCUGCGCCUUCGGGGACGAUCGUCUACCAGUCGAUCGCCAUCAUCGAGUUCCUCGCAGAGCUCUACCCCGACGGUGGGAUUCUGCCCAAGGAUCUCUCCGCCCGCACGAAGGCUCGCGUAUUUGCCCACACGAUCGAGGCCCGCCUCGUCCCGGCGUGGAUGGCCGCCUUCCGCAAGGGCGAGUCUCCGUCGGCCCUGGUCACCGCGCUGGCGGAGGUGCAGGCGAUGCUGCCGCCAGUGAGCGAGGGCACGUUCGCGGUCGGGGAGUGGUCGAUGGCCGAGAUGGUCGCGGGGCCGCACUUGGCGCUCGCCUGGCUCAUGCUCUCGCACGAUGUCGGCAAGUACGAGGCGGGCUUGGGGCUCGCGGCGUGGAAGGAGCUGAGCGAGGGUGAGAAGUUUGCGCGCCUGAGGAAGUACGUGGAGGACAUCAAGGCGCAUCCGGUGUGGCAGGCGAGCUGGAACGAGCUGGCCCGGUGUCGUUCGUGGGGGGAACACUAG